AUGGCUUUACCCAGCCUGAGAGCAGCAACAUGCCACAUCUCACCCCACAUUCUCUCUGCUGCUCGCACGACUCACAAGACCAUUCAAUGCAUUAACAUAGCUGCCAGACAAGCCGCGAAUCUCGUCGUGUUUCCCGAAGCAUCAAUCCCUGCGUUUCCACUAUGGUCAUCACUCCUCCCGCCGACGCACACCCAUCAUUUCUUCCGACGGAUGGUGCAGGAGUCGGUCUAUGUUGACGGUGAAGAGAUCUCUGCCAUCCGUCAAGCAGCCCGCGACAAUCAUGUAGUCAUCAGUCUGGGAGUAUCUGAGAAGGUGCGGUACAGCGCGGGCACUCUUUUCAACACCAAUAUCAUCAUUGGCGAGGAUGGCGAGAUUCUGGUGCACCAUCGCAAAUUGAUGCCUACAUUCUUUGAGAAGUUGACCUGGGCUCCUGGCGAUGGCUAUGGUCUACGCGUGGCACAGACCCGAUACGGCCAGAUUGGAGCCCUGAUCUGUGGUGAGAACACCAACCCACUGGCUAGAUAUACCCUCAUGGCACAGGGAGAGCAAAUCCACAUUUCCACCUGGCCUGCCAUCUGGCCUACCCGAGUGAUGGUCGAGAAUGCCGGCAAUCAAGACAAUACUGUAAGCACAACGGGUCGCAAUUAUGACAACAUUGCGGCAAAUCAUACACGAGCAGCCGCUCACUGCUUUGAGGCCAAAUGCUUCGGGAUCAUGAGUGCAGGCUAUCUUGAUGAUGCUGCCAUGGCUGACAUUGCCGCGAUGACAGAGACACCAGAGGACAUGCACAAGAAACUAGCAAGCUAUCCACAAGGGGCAAGUCAAUUUCUCGAUCCAACAGGCAAGAUAGUCCAGGGAGGUUUCGCCAUGGACCUCACCCAGGACCAACGCCUGGAUGCUCAAAACAUGGUCACGAAUAGGGAAGCAAUUCUAUUUGCGGAUCUCGACCUGAAUGAAUGUAUAGAAGGCAAGCAGUACCAUGAUGUGGUUGGCGGAUAUCAGAGAUUUGACGUCUUCUCGUUGCAAGUCAAUCGUCAGCGUCAUGAGCCUGUACACUUCCAUGACGGGAACGAGAAUGGAUCGAGCCUGAGGAGCAACAGCCUUGGGAACGAUGAGCAGAAAAGUUCCGGCGGGAAAGGUACCAGCACAAGAGGAGAAGGUCCUCUGAUCCUAGAGACGAAGGAGACCGGACAAGUUGUACCCGGGGGACAGAAUGACCAGGCGACUGCGGUGACAAAGGAUGGGCCCAAGGCGAAACCAUGGGCCCAUUUCGUCGCGGGAGGUAUCGGCGGCAUGGCCGCGGCCACCCUCACUUCUCCUCUUGACGUCUUGAAGACCCGAUUACAGUCCGAUUUCUACCAAGCGCAACUCAGAACCCUACACGCUCAACAUCCUCUGCCACAUAAACUCACCUUUACCUCCGUCCCCAGAGCAGCAUUCUUCCACAUCGCCGAGACUGUCCAGAUAUUGCGAUCGAUAUACCAACAUGAGGGGUUUCGCGCGCUAUUUCGAGGUCUGGGCGCAAAUCUGAUCGGCGUUGUACCCGCCAGGAGUAUCAAUUUCUACGUUUACGGGAAUGGCAAGAGAAUUCUAAACAACUACCUCAAUCCCGAAGGGCGAGAGAAUGUCUGGACCGUCCACCUUCUUGCAGCAGCCACGGCGGGAAUAGCAACCGGAACUGCUACAAAUCCGAUCUGGGUGGUCAAGACACGACUGCAGCUUGACAAAAACACUGCGAGCCAUGAUCCUCUCAAGGGACGACAGUAUAAGAACAGCUGGGACUGUAUCAAGCAAACUGUACGGCACGAGGGAAUCCGAGGCCUGUAUCGUGGCCUGUCGGCCUCGUACUUGGGAGUUACCGAGUCAACCCUUCAAUGGGUAUUGUACGAGCGGAUGAAGCUGUCUCUUGCCAGGAGGGAAGCGAAGCGCCUGUCACACGCUGGGUAUCAGCGAACAAUGCUCGAUGACGCGGAGGAGUUUGGCGGGAAGUUUUGCGCCGCCGCCGGUGCGAAGCUUUUUGCGGCCGUCAUUACAUAUCCGCAUGAAGUUGUCAGAACCAGGUUACGGCAAGCACCAACCAUUACAACGGAGACGGGCAAAGUUACGAUCAAAUAUACCGGCCUGAUACAGUGCUUCCGCCUCGUGGCUAAAGAAGAAGGGCUGGCUGGUUUGUACGGAGGCAUGACGCCGCAUUUGCUUCGAGCUGUCCCUGCCGCUGCCGUCAUGAUGUCCACCUACGAGAUUUUCCUACGGCUCUUUGGGACCACUUCAUGA